GAAAACUAACCUCCUUACGUCACAUCAAAUCAUGCCUUCAAUAAAGUAAUGUAUGGAGUUGUUUUCAUAAAGUAUACCUAAUAAUUGAAGAAAAGAGGUUUCGAUUUUUGAGAAAAUGGUGUCUUGGAAGCUCACCAAAUGCAUCUUCUUGGGUUCCCUUCCAGUGUGCGGCUACUUUGCAGGAACACAUCUAGAAAGACAAAGGCUCUUGGACCACUCUAAGGACACCCAACUUCGAAAUUUACCAGCUUUACCAUUAUUCGGAACUGUCUCAGCAGCUUCCCCCAUUGCUCCCGCCCAAUCAACACAAUUCGAGACUAAUGUUAGCAGAGUAUCGCAAAUAAUGAAAUACGGCUUUCCAAGUCUAGACAACGUAAGAUCUUUUGACGACUAUGUUUUAAGCUACGAUCGUCGUAACAGGGUGGCGCAUUGGGUCUUUGAACAUCUCACUGCAGACAGGGUCAAACCUAACGACGGAGUAGAUAGAUCGAAAUGCGAAUUUAAACCUGACGAAAGUAUACAUAAGUUUUUCAGGUCUGACAAUUCUGAUUACAAAAAGUCUGGGUAUGACAGGGGUCACUUAGCAGCGGCUGGGAAUCACAAAUCCCAUCAAAGCCACAUAGAACAGACUUUUUACCUGUCUAAUAUGGCCCCCCAAGUUGGGAAAGGAUUCAACAGGGAUUCCUGGAAUAGGUUAGAGAAAUAUGUGCGAAAAUUGACGAAAGUGUACAGGAAUGUAUACUGCUGUACUGGGCCCCUUUAUCUGCCAAGGUAGGGUCAGGUUAACUUAUUCAAUAAU